GCUGCUGUCCUGUGGGAUGGACGACGGCCCAGGGCAGGACGACUACGAGGAGCGCCUGAAGGAAGUUUUUAACAGUUUCGACACCAGUGGCUGUGGCUCCCUGAGUCCGGAGGAGCUCUCUGACCUCUGUCAGUCUCUGCACCUGGACGAUGCCGCGCCAACUCUCAUCCACACUCUGCUCCAGAACCAAGACCUCUUCACUGCCAGGGUCGACUUUGACCAAUUCAAGCAUGCUCUUAUCCGGGUUUUGUCUUCGACCAUUGAGGCUCCUCAAGCCGAACAGGAACCCUUGCCAAAGCCAGAGUCUCCCGAAAUCCAACCAAAGUUUGUGAAGGGCAGCAAACGUUACGGCCGCCGCUCCACGCCAGAGUUCCUGGAGCCCGUUUCAGACUUGUCUGAGGUUAACCCAGCCACCGAGGACGAUUUGGAGGACAACUAUGACUCGGCUGUUCCCAGGAAGCGUGAGCGCUGGAAUGCCCAUGAAAGCAGCACGGAGGAGUACGAGGCGGAAGGUCAAAUGCAUCUGUGGAACCCCGACGAGCCGAGCACGCCCCGGGGGUCCGUCGUUCCUCUGUCGGCCCGCUUGGAAGAGCGACUGCGUGAAGCUUGCGAGGAGCUGGGGAUAGCGUGGGACGGAAGUGCCGCUCACUCUGAACUGCUGGCCUUGUGUGAACAUUUGGGUCUAGAGGUUAACAGUGACGCUCUGCUCAGUGUCAUUGAUGACGGAGUGAUGAAUGUCCAAGAGUUUAUCUCCAGGGUCGUGAACAAACCGCAAUCACCCUCAGCCUCCACUCCCUAUAGGCAGUUUAAACGACAUCAUUCCACUCAGCCGUUCGACGAGGGCGGCCGAAGGAUCUCGGCUCUGACCAGCACCAUCGGCAUGCGUCUGUUCUCGACACUCGACGACGGGAGCGGUUUCACCCCGGCCGAAUACGUCCUGGACGCCUGGAUGGAGGAGGGGAUAGAAAACAGCGCCGAGAUCCUGCAGGCUUUGAAUUUCAAUCUAGAAGGAAAACUGAGUCUCGGCGAACUCACCGUGGCCCUCGAAAACGAGCUGCUCAGCACCAAGAAUCAAGUUCACCAAGCGGCGCUGGCGAGCUUCAAAGCUGAGAUCAGAUACCUCCUAGAGCGAGUCGACAGAGAAAUCCGAGAGAAGGAAAAAAUCCAGUCUGAUCUGGAAAAAACGGAGAAGCAGAAGACUCAGCUGGCCACAGAAGUGGACGAGCAUCACUCCGCAAUAGAGCACACGAACAACCUCAACCUCAGGAAGCUUGAGCAGGACUACAAGGAGAAGCUGUCGGCCGUCCGGUCGGAGCUGACGAAGGAGAUGGACCAGAUGCAGCAGCAGGCGGGCCUGCAGCGCGAAGAACUGGAGGCGGAGAUCCAGAAGAUCCGGGAGGAGGAAUCGUUACUCAGAGAUCACCUCUCCAUCUCAGUCAAGGAGAACAGGCGGCUUGAGACGGAAUUGCUCGACGGCACCGAAAAGCUAACAGAGGCACAAAGCCAAAUAAUCAAACUGCAGGCAAAUUUGGAGAACAUCAUGAAAGACAAGUUUGGAGACCUGGACCCUGGCAGCGCCGACUUCUUUCUGCAGGAGGAGCGAAUCAAACAGCUGCGCUGCGGAUACGAAGCACAAUGCAGGGAGCUGCAGGACCGGAUCGACGAGCUGCAGUCGGAGCUGCGGGGGUUUCACAGUCUAGGCCAAUCUCACGAAUCUGGCGGUAAACCUCUGUCCGAGGAGCUGGACAGCAAAAGCCCCGGCACCGAGUCCGACCCAGGUAUCGGUCCAGAUGAGGUCCAGCCUUUCAGCAUGAGCCUGGAAGCUGAGAUGAUGCUGGAGCAGCUGAAGGAGCAGCACCUCCAGGAAAUGGAGCAUUUGCAAAACCAACUUCAAAGCAAGAUCACUGAAUUUGAAAGGACUGUGGAAGAGCAGAAGGCGACCCACAAGGACCAGAAAGCUGCCCUGAUCCUCCAGCACCAGGAGGAGGCCCGGGGUCUGAGGGAGCAGCUGGCCGGAGCUCAGAGCCACGCAGAGCGGCUUCAGAACCAGCUCCAGCAGGCGGAGCAGGACCGGACCCGUCUGGAGCAGAAGCUGGCCGCUGAGAGAGAAGAGCUCCAGAACCAACAGGAAGACGAAGCCACAAACCUCAGACAGCAGCUCCUGGAAGCUCACACUCAGAUCGCUGACCUGGAGGACCAGCUGAACUCACUGGAGAGCCAGCAGGCUGAGAUGGACGAAAACCUCCUGGCUAAGAUGGAGGAGCUGAAGAACCAACACGCCGCGGAGGUUAGCAAGCUAACGGAGGAGCAAACGCGACUGCAGCGGCAAAAUGACGAGUCGGAGCGGAGGUUGCUGGACGACUGGGAAAGGGAAAAGAGAGUCCUGGAGGAAAGCCACCAGAACAAACUUCAAGUCCAGCUAGAGGAGGCAAAGCUGCUGUUUGAGAAGGAGCAAAGUGAAAUGGUGAAGACGUUAAUGGAGCAGUGGCAGGAGGAGAGAGCGCAGCAGGACGAGCAGAACAGCAAGACUCUGCAGCUGCUGCUGGAGGAAGAGAUGCUGCGACUGGUCAGGGAGCAAGAGGAGAAGGAGAACCAGCUGAGGGAGAGCUGGGCGAGCGAACGGGCGCUGCUCGAAAAGGAGAGGCUGCAGCUGCGGGAGCAGCUCGAGCAGAGGGAGAGACGGCUGAAGGAAGACUGGGAGAGGGAGAAGCUGCAGCUGGAAGAGGACUACGAAGGGAUGAUCCAGGAGAGGCUGGAGGAGGAGAGGGAGAAGCUCGAGGAGGAGAGGGAGAAGCUCGAGGCUGAGAGAGAGGUGGAAGGCAAGAGGAGGACGGAGAAGCUGAUGGCCGAGGAGAUGGAGCGGCUGGAGGAGAGACAUGGAGAGGCCCUGAGGGAGCUGAGCAACAAGCAUGCCGAGGAGAGGGUCGCACUCAGCGCAGCGCUGGACCGACUGAGAGAGGACAUCGCCAAAGAAAGGAAGGAGGUUGAGAUCAGCUUCACCCAGAGAGUCAGAGAAGCAGAAGAUCGAUUCUCCUGCGAUCAGGAAUCCGCGGCGGAGCGCUUUCAGGCCCAACUCCUCAAACUCGAACAGCACUACCAAAGCGAGCUGGCGACCCUCUCUGAAAGCCACGCCGCGCAAAAGCUGCGCUGGGCAGCAGAAAUGCAGAAUGCCCUCGACGGCGCAGAAGAGCGAAGAAAAACGGCGGAGGAGGCCGCGGCUCAGGAACUCCAGCGACUCGAUCGGGAGCGGGAAAACGAGCGACGAGAGCUUGAAAAUGUCCACGGCGAAGAAACGGAAGCACUGAGAACGGAGAACGAGCGACUCCGUAACGAACUGGAGGACGCUCUGAGCGGCGCCCAGAGGAAGGAAAUUGAGCUCAGCAUGCAGCUGAACGACCUGCACGGCCGGCUCCAGGAGAAACGGCAGCUGCUGGCCCAGUCCGAGGACAGAGUCCUUCAGGCGGAGCUGCUGCUCAAUCAAACGGUGGAAGACUUUAAGCAGGAGCGGGCCGAGCUUCUCGGCAGCAACUCGGAGCUGCAGGCGAAACACGACGAGGCGCUUUCCGGUGCGGAGAGUCUGGUCGCGGAGAGGAUGCAGCUGCUAACCGAGCGCGACGACUUGCAGGUGAAAGUCGAAGAGCUGGAGACGCUUCUCAAGCAGGCGACGCUGGACUUUGAGCUGGAGCGGAGGGAGGUCCUGGAGAAUCUGGUGGUUCUAGAGGAAAAGUUGAGAGACGCUCGGGAAGUCGAGGAGCUCAGAGCGGAAAGAGAUGUUCUUAAAGGCAAACUGGAGGAGCUACAGGUCGUAUCCAGAACAAACAGAGAGGAAUCGAAAGGCAUGAAUGUGCUUAUAUUGAAUCAAGACGACGAAUCAUGUCAAGUUCAGUCCGAUCAGGAUGAAGGUGUAUUAGAGAAAUGGAAAAAUGCUGAUCAGGAAUUUUACCAUGGCGAUUUUACCACCAUUGAGGACCAAACGGACGAGCAGGACAGCCAAGACGGAGCGAAUGAAAACCAGGAAAACUGUUGCGCUUUCAGUGAUGACAAAGUUGUCGAUUCUCCUGACCAGAAACAUGAUUGUUUCUAUGUCAAAAACAAAUGCCAACCGGUUUCCCACGAGAGUCAGGGCGAGGACGUCUCUCCGCUUCUGGCGUUUGCUGACAAAAUUAAAGCAGCUGCUGAAUCGCCCAACCAAGAGACCAAACCGCGAGAGGACGGCAAAAGCUGUCUGCCUGGAGAUCAGCAUCAUCAUGAGACCGAGGUUGUGGGUUUAAUGCUGCGGGAGGCGGCAGCUGAUCCAGCUGAGGUUGAUUGUUUGUCAGAUGGCUCUCGCAGCCAACAGGAAGGGGGUGAAAACCAGGGCAAAUCCGCACGCGGCAGCGUGGAAACCGUUGGAGUUUUUGGCUGCGAGAACCAGGAGAGUCCUGCUCUGAACUUACAGGACCUGUACGACACCGCCACGGAGGAGAACGUUCUGCUGCACGAGAAGAUCGCCCUGCUUCAGCAGAAAUCAGAAAUACUGGAGAGUCUGUUGGCGCGCCACAGCGAAAAGUUGAAAAGCAGCCGCCAGGCUUUGGAGGAAAACUGCAAGCUCAAAGUGCAAGCGCUCCUGCUGAUGGAGCACGUGAAGCAGCUGCAGGCGAGGAGCCUGAGAAUGGCCGACCUCCAGAUCCGGUACGAGGACUGCGCGUGCGAAAACGCCAAGCUGAAGGACCAAAACGACGCGCUGGAGAAGCGGGUCUGGAGCCUGGAGAGCAGGCUGGAUGUUUUCCGCGAAUUCGGCAACCGCCGCGCCUCGCUGGUGGACGAGAUCGGCAGGAUGAGGACGGAGAACGGCGAGCUCUUUCACCUGCUGAGCGAACUGGAGCGGCAGGAGGACGGGUUUUCGGACUCGGACGCCGAGCCGGCGGAGGGACGCUCGGAUGAGCCUUCUCUGCAGCCGGAGGAGAAAUCCCCGGCGGGGUUUGGCGUCAAGGAAUGCUGCAGGGAGUUUGAAGAGCGGAACAGCAAACUGCGCAGGACCAUCGCACAGCUGCAGGACGAGUCGCAGAUACUAAGUGAAACCACUCGAGCUCAUAGAUACGAAGCUACUCGUCUUGCAGAGGAAAACGUCUGUCUACAAAAAAACAUCGCCGCUCUGAAGGAAGGAGACUUAAAGGAGGCAAAGGAUGAGUUGAUACAAACCUUGGAGCAUCUGGAAAAAGAGAAGCUCGCAGCUCAACAAGCAGCUGACAGUUUCAAUAAACAGAUUUCAGAUUUGCAUUCGCAGAGCCAUCAGCUGGAGGACGACAACGGGUUCCUGGCGGAGAAAAACGCCCAAAGCGUCGCCGACAUCGAGAGCCUGCGAGAGCAGCUGGCGGAGCUGAUGAAGGAAAACGAGAUGAGGGAGGCCCUCCACUCCGAGGAGAAAACCAAGAUGGCAGCUUGUGUGUCUGCUCUGGAGGCAGAGUUUGACAAAGCUCUGACGGAGUCCGCACAGCUGGAGGAGAGAAACGGCCAGCUCUCACAGCAGCUCUCUGACCUCAGGGAGAAGGCUUUCCACGUGGAAUCGAUGGAGAGUCAGCUCAGCAGUCUGGUAGAGGAGUGCAGGACGGUGGAUAAGGAGAGUGCCGGUCUGCGCGACCAGCUAGCUAAAGCUCAAGAGCAGCUGGUAUCUGCAGAUGAGAGCUUCAAGGUGGUAAACCGGCAGAGCGCCCGCCUCAAGUCAGACCUCCGCGUUCUGCAGCAGGAGAGGGAUUCCCUGAAGCACGAGGUAGCAGUGCUGCACAAACAACUGCAGAACGCAAACGAGAAGAACCAAAUUUUGGAGAUGGCCCUGCACUCCGGCGGCCUGCAGAGUCAGAGCAGGAAGCUGAACAGAGAGGAUCUUUCCUGGGUGACGGAGCAGGAACAGCAGCUGCUGAGGCAAGAAAACGAGAAGCUUAAAGCUGAAGUCCACAGCAUCGGCAGCGACCUCGUCCAGUCCAGAGAAAAGAUCCGACAGCUUGACGCCACGAUCCUCUCGCUGAGCAAACAGAAACAGCAGAGCCAUUCCUCUUUCCUGAAGGCGUUGGAACAGGAGAACUUCUUCCUGAAACAGGAGCUGGAAGCAAAAGCCGAGCUGCCACGGGGCUGCGACGCUGAGCAAAGCCACGCAGAACUGGACAGUCUUCUGCAAGAAAACGAGUCACUCAAGACACAGUUGGCUCGAAUGUCAACACACAUGAUGGAGUCGUUUCACAUGCAGUACGGCGGACAUCUUCCUCCAUCGCCUCAGAGGGGGCCGAGGGGGCAGCAGCGUGGUGACGACCCAGACAACAUGCAGGAUGAACGAGAGAGGAAGAUGAAGAAGAUGGAGGAACGCAUGAGGGAAAUCGAACUUUCACUCCAUAACGUCAAGCUGCUGCUAAAGGAGAAGGUGACUCAGCUGAAGGACCAGCUGCACAAGAACGGCAAAGCAGACGUGCUGAUCAAGGACCUGUACGUGGAGAACUCUCAGCUGAUCGAGGCUCUGGAAAUAACGGAGCAGCGGCAGAAGAUUGCAGAGAAGAAGAACUACCUGCUGGAAGAGAAGAUCUCCAGCCUCAACAAGAUAGUGCGGGACCUAAAGCCGUCGACGCUCUCGUUGCUACCGUACAACUACAAAUGCCCGUAACGCGUCUCCUGAAACACUCGGAACGUUCGAAGGAAUUGGUUGUGCCAACUUUUAAGGAAGCACUGUAUGUAUGCGAACUACAGGGACACUUGUGCAACAGAUCCAGCCAGAUGCAGGACAAUUGGAGGGCUCAGACGUGUGUAAACGUCGCUGCUAAAUAUGCAGGAUCUGUAUUUGUUUUAUUCGUAACCGCAGCAGGUUGACAUACUUGAUCUUUUGAUGAACCAAAUGCGAGGUCAAACGGUUGGGUAGUCAUUUAUUUCGUAGUAAUUUAUCCUUUUAAAACAAUUUCUAAGCUGAAAAGUUAGCUACAAGUAGGAAAACGAUCCCACCUUGGCACACUCUGUACUAUCUCUGUCCAAAGAGAAAAGCAAUAUUGAUGUAAAAGUUUAUAAAAUCUUCAAAUGUCCGUUUGUGUUGAUCCUGUGGAGAUAAUGUUAGGAACGAACAGGAAGUAAAAUCAUGGACAGAAUCAUCAGUUUUGUAAUGCAGAUGAUGUUUUUGCUUUUUAUUUAACACUACCUGAAUCUAUGUGGACUAUAAAAGUCUCGCGUGGCAAUACUUAACAUUUAUUUAAUUAUAAUUGAGGAGAAAAAUGCUAUAAUCUGUUGCAAUAUGUAAAGUUGCCAUCAUGAAUGUUUUUGAGCUGAAAUGAUCUGUGUUGCAAAUGCCAAUAAAACGUAUUGUAUAGCA